UCUUCACGGUUAGGUUUACAGGCCUUUGAACUGUUCAAAGUGCAAUGUUCAGAAGCAGAAUCAUAACGUAGAUAAAAUGAUAGAUAAAUGAAAAGAAACUGUGACUUUGGAGUACGAUCAAAAUUCAAAGCAGUACAUUAAGUCACACAGUGAUGUAACAAUCGGAUUAUUUAACUAAUUGAACUUAGCGCAGCGUAGUGGUGAGAUACUGAACUUAAAGAAAAAAAGCCGAAGAGUAUACCACAAGCUGUGGCUGUGUCCAUCUGUGUGUGUGCCUGUUCGUGUGUCUGAGGUCAUUGGUCAGCUGGGAAGUCUGUGUGUAUUUGUGAAACAGCAGCGGAACAGCAGUCGGUGGAUUGUCAAAUUAGAAAUGGCAUUUGUGAGCCAAUGUGAAAUGGCAUCUGAGCAUAAGCAUCAUGUUUUUGAAAUGGGAAGACUAAAAAUGGCUUUGAAGAGCAGCAAUUUGUUAAAGCAGUUAUUUAGACCUCAUCACUUACUUAAGUAUGGCCAGACACCCAUUGAAAGAUUUGCAAGUGGUAUUCCUAUUGUUUUCCACCGCAAGGCCUCUUCUAGUGACAAAUUAGUUGACAUUGCUGUGGAUGAUAAAACAGGUAUUGCUACUGUUACUCUUCAGAGACCACCUGUGAAUUCCCUUAAUUUAGAAUUGCUAGAGCAGUUUAUAUCUGCCUUGCAAGCUGUUGAAGACAACAAAUCUUCUGGAAUGAUUCUCACUUCUGCAUCACCCACUGUAUUUUCUGCUGGUUUGGAUAUUAUGGAAAUGUAUAAGCCAAAACCAGAUAGAGUCAAGAAAUUCUGGACAACUUUGCAGGACAUGUGGUUGAAACUUUACAGUUCACCAUACCCCACAGUUGCCGCAAUUAACGGACACAGUCCAGCUGGCGGGUGCCUAUUGGCUCUCAGUUGUGAAUAUAGAAUUAUGGUGGGACCUAAAUAUUCUAUUGGUCUUAAUGAGACACAGCUUGGAAUUGUAGCUCCCAGAUGGUUUCAGGAUUCAAUGAAGAACGUGAUACCUAUAAGGCAGGCUGAAUUAGCUUUAACAACUGGCAGAAUGUUUUCCACUGAAGAGGCGCUGAAAAUUGGAUUGGUAGAUGCUCUUGCCAAGGACAAAGCUGAUGCUCUUUCUCAAGCUGCCAACUUUUUGCUUCAAAUGAAGAAGAUCCCUCGUGUUGCUCGUGGCCUGACCAAACAAGCAUGCAGACAAGACGCUAUUGGUUGGCUUGAAAAGAAUAGAGAUUUAGACUUGCAGAUCUUUUUGACUUUUGUCAAUCAACCUGCUGUCCAAAAAGGCUUAGAAUUGUAUCUGGAAUCUCUGAAGAAGAAACAAUAAGUAAAAUGAUUUUAAAAUGUUCAGUGCCUUUUAAGCAUUUUAAAAUAACUUUGAGAUGUAUAAAAUAUUGUUAAGCAUAAGAAUUGUAAAAUCAAUGGGAAAUUGUUAUAGUUAUUUGUUAAUUUUUUGUACAUAGUUCCAAUUUUUUAUACAUUAUUGAAAAAUACAUAUUUGACUGAAUUGUGCAUAAA